AUGUACUCGAGCACGUCGCAGGACCCGACCGCAGCUGCUAUACGACUGAGUCAUCAGGCUGAGCUGACAGAGGCACUCGCUGAUAUCCUUCAACGCCAGGACCUGUUGAUUCGACUGUGCAAGAGUCUUAUCCGCUAUGGCGCACCCUCCCAUAGGAUCGAAAUGGCGAUGGAGGCCAUGUGCAAGACGUUCGGGAUCGACGGGUCGUUUGCAUUCAUGCCAGGUCUGAUGAUGAUCUCCUUUGGAGAUUCGGACACGCACACGAGCGAGACGCACCUAAUCAAGUGUGCUCAGGGGUUUGAUAUGGGACGCUUGGCCAGGGUGCACAAGAUUGCUCGUGCGCUUGUAAAUGGUGAUUUAGAUCCUGGAGAAGCACUCGCGACACUCAAGGACAUCAACAGCGAGAAACCAUUAUACAACACUUGGGUGAUGCUGGUAUCAUUUGUUGCUUAUAGCGGAUUCAUCGCACCAUUGAUAUUCAAAGGCAGCUGGAACGACAUGCUGGCUAGCAUGGCCCUAGGAGCCGUCGUGGGCUUAACUAAUCUCCUGGCGACCCGGUACUCAGUAUAUUCAAGCGUAUUUGAAGUCAGCACUAGCAUCUUGAUUGCGUUCGUAGCCAAGGCUCUGAGAGACUAUGUUUGCUUCACGGGAGUUGUCCUGAGCGCGAUUGUAGUCCUCCUCCCCGGUCUUUCCCUUACAACAUCGAUCAUGGAACUGUCGUCGCGGUACAUUAUUUCAGGCUCAGUCCGCAUGUUCUACAGUUUGAUAUAUUGUUUGUUCUUAGGCUUUGGUCUAUCGAUUGGGUCGAACCUAUGGGAUGCGUUUAAGGAGCCUCCGCCGGGCGAUUUAAGGAUGGGGUACUGCCAUCCAGCUACAGAGCCCUGGAGGUGGAUCCUAUUCCCACUGCUGGGGGUCGCGCUGAGCAUUCAGUUGUAUGCUAGUCCGAAGCAAUGGCCCGUGAUACUUAUCUGCAGCUCUGUUGGAUAUGGAAUCAGCGAACUGGCAGGACUGUACUGGCCGCACACACUGCAUAUUGCUGCUGCCGUGAGCGCGUUCGUGGUCGGACUCUUAGGAAAUAUCUAUGAAAGGAUCACUCAUGAACUUGCGUUUGUUCCUAUCUUGGGGUCUAUUUUGCUUAUCGUGCCUGGAGGAAUGGGCGUCCGCUCCACACUGCUUCUCUUAGAUGAAUCUGGGAACGCAUCUCAGGGCACGGCGUUUGCGCUGCAAAUGAUCCUUGUCGCCCUUGGAAUCGCCGUAGGGCUCUUUGCGUCCACUCUCGUGGUUUACCCUCGUAAGUGUCCAGUCGCUUGA